CAAAAAAGCCAUGGCGUACGUGUCGGCUUUGCAGGGUCGGCUUGAAAAAGCGAAAGAAAGUCUUCAAAACGUCGAUGAAAAUAUACGAAAACUGACAGGCAGAGAACCUGGGGAAAGGAGAAUUCCUGCUGGUGCAGCAGACCGUGGUAGAGACGGAGACCAGCGCAGAGUGUCAGUUGGAGGCCAGGGACAGAGGGGUAGAGGCAGAGGAGGUGGUGUGCAAAGGGGAGAUGCGUUUCAGCGUUUGGGCUUACCACUACAAAGGAGACAAAGUACCGGCAGUGCCUUUAGCAGGCUUGGUGGCCGCGUGGACGGACCAAGGCUAGGGGGCCGGGUGGACGGCGGACCAAGGCUUGGUGGCCGGGUGGACGGACCAAGGCUUGGGGGCCGCGUGGACGGACCAAGGAGCCGCGUGGAUGGACCACAGCCCAAACGACUGCGGCGGAAGCAAAAUGAUGAUGAUGACGAUCUGCCCAAGCACACCAUUCAAUCCUCUGUUGUAGCGACCCCUAUCAUAGAGAGAACGCGUCAAGAUUCCAUCAAGGAGCAGAGUAAAAAUGAAGAAGGACAGAAACGGAAUCGGCGGAUGUUUGGUCACCUUCUUGGUACUUUGCAGAAGUUCAAACAGGAAUCUAAUGACUCGGAAAGCAAGGAAAGCAGACGUGUUGAAAUAGAACACAAAUUAGACGUCCAGGCUCAGGAAGAGAAGCAAGCAGUUGCGCAUGAAAGAACACAACUGUUUAUCAAACGAAGCAAUCAGCAGCAAGAACUGCAGAAACUGGAGAAACUAGUGGAUAUGGCCAAAGAGCAAGAUGUGUGGGACGCUCAUAGUAAGAGGUUGAGUCAGUACAUUCGCACUAAGUCUAAACCAGCAAUAUUCUACAGGCCGGCAAAGCCAUCAUUGGUAACUGAGAAGAGGUUGAAAGAUACUAAAGAAUUGAUGAACGAGAUGAUGAAGAAACGUCGGGCGGAGAUCGAAGAGGAGAUUCAACAACUGCAGGAUGACGCGGAGGAGCAUGAUGGGAAGGAAAUGGAGCAUGAUGGCAAGGAGUCUUCAGAGGUUAAGGGUAAGACCAAAGAAAAGAAGAGACGACAUAGCAGUAUGGGUAAGCAUGAGGAAGGCGAGCAAAGAAACGGAAAACAUUCCAAGAAGCGGCCGGUCAGCGAUGAUGGUGAGCUGCCGACGUCAGAGCAGCAAGACACCGACGACGACUAUAGUAAAGAAACUUCCAAGGAUAAUAAGAAAGCUGACAUUUCAAUGGAGGCUGAGCAAGAGUGGGUAGUGAAGGAAGGGUCGGCAGGUAAGGAUGGGGAAGGGAAACAGACAACCUCUUCCUCAGAGGAAGGGGAGGUUGAUCGGACGAUGACGGAAUCCGCAGGACCAGAAGAAAGCGGAGAUGCAGACGAGGGGAAAGAGAACAUAGACGAGAAAGAGAAAGAGGACUUUAGAAGUGCCUUGUAUAAGGAGGAGUUUGAUCAGAGGAAUGAACUGUCUUGGGAGGGUGAUGUCUAGGGGAUUGUGUACAAUGCUGCGUAAGAUGUUGGGCUGCUUCCGUGUGGACUCAAGGUGUUCAAGUUCUUGUCGUUUGAUAAGAAAUAUUCUUUAUCUUCUUCCACUUUUUGUUAAGACACUCUGAUCUGUGGCACCUAUAACAUUAUUUUCUUUGAAAUAACAACCGAACAUAGACGCUACUUGGAUAAAGUUCACAUCAUUUUUAUGGAAAGAAAUAGAAAGACUGCUGCCAUUUUACUCUACUUCACAUUUUUAACUCUCCAAUUGGUUGCUAUCCUAAACAUCAGUUUCUUUGAAAUAACCAAACAUAGCAUUAUGGAUGCUACUCUUCUUCUUUUGGACUCCAAUAGACAAAGAGUCCUGUCCAGAAUUUGAUACAUUUCUCAUUAGUUCUAUGGAAAGAAAUAGAAAGUCUGCUGCAAUUUCAUCUACUUAACCUUUUAUUCCCCCAAAAAUUAGUAAGUGGCUUGACGUUUCAACCCUAGUAGACUCUUUUCAAAGGCUAAUAUGACAACACUCUCAUUCUGUGCCAUCUAAGACUCCAUUUUCUUCGGAAAUAACAACCAAACACGGAUAUUUUAUUUGUUUUAUUUGUGUAUUGCUCUUAAAGGUAAAUGGUCCUUUCCAAUUCUAUGGAAAGCCUGCCGUCAAACAUCAUUUAAAAAUAUAAAUAUUUUAAAGUCAUUGUCUUUGAAACAAACAAAACGAGCCAACUGACACGUGUUGCGCACCAUUUCAUCGCAAAAAAAAACCCACCCAAAUUUCUACUGAUAUAUCUUCUACAUUUACCAAAUUAGCUAACAUCCUCGACAGACGCGAACAAAUAAAUUACAAAAGCAUUUUUUCAAAUCACCACAGGUUUGUUUUCUUACAACUGUUUGGAUGUCGUUGGUGUGCUUACAGAUUCCUCGUCCUCCAAACACUUUGGAAAUCAAAAAACAAGGAGGUAACUUUGAUACCUUGUGAAGAUAUUUUUUUCUAAGCAACGGUUUUGUUCACAUAUCAUCACCAAAGAGUACGAUCAACAAUAAUUUGAAUGUGGAGGCACGCUCCAAAAAGCAAGGAACAAAGUACAAAAUGAAACAAAACAACAGCUUUACAAACGACAAAUAAACAGAGUAAACAAAAUAAUACCUACAACAAGUACAACAAGUUGCAACAACAGUGUGUGUUUACAUGUCUGUCGAUGACAUACAAUGCAGGAGUGGUACUUUACGGAGGUUUCAAAGGGGAUUGCCUCCAUGCCAAGCCCCCAGAUCAUUGCCUUGGUGCCCUUGGAAUGCUCCAGUAGAAACUUACAAUUUCAUCAUAGGGUGACAAUUACUGAGAAGAAAUUGCGUUGGUGCCCUUAAAGACAAACAGCAUACAGGCCUGACAAUGUAUGAUGCACUCGCUAAAUUGUUGUUGGAUAUUUACCUUUUUAUGGGUUGCAGGUGAUUCCUUUUGCGGAAUGAGGUGUGGUGGGUAUUGACCCCUUGCACACCAUGUUGGUGGGCAGUUAGGUUUCGCGUGGCAUAGAGUUAUAUAUGAAAACGCACAGUGAAAUUGCCCACCAGUAUGGCACAUUCAAGAUUUUUCUGAUGAUGACGUCAGGUGAAAUCGGUCAAUUGAGAGAGGGUUGAGGGGGGAGGGGGGAGCGAUGGGUACAGCAUUUAUCACAACUAUUUCUGUCUCUAAAGGGAAGCAUCAUUGUACAGUAAAAAAAAAAUUAAAAUCCAACUCUCGAAGGACUUCUUGAAGCUUUGGCUUAAUUGCAGAAUUCUAUUAAAGGCAGUGGAUACUAAUGGCAAUUACUCAAUAGCAUAAAAAAUUACUUGGUAACAAGCAAUUGAGA